UUGUAUUUGCUGCAAGAACAUCGACACAUCCAACAACUGGCGAAACACAUUCAGCGCUGCACAACCUAGAACAAUGCAUGCCAGCUCGAGGUCUCCGUCGAUCAUGUUCAAAGUGCUGGUAUUGUUGACAAAUAUCACCAUUUUGCUGCAUUUCUUCCAGCUCGCGACCACAAUUGCAGAGCCUGUUCGAGACGGCAAUAAGGGCAAAUCUGUUGACUACAACACUGGAACUGGCCAGACAGCUUGGAGGGUACCAUUGACCGCAGCUCAAGGCAAGGCUCUGCUCGAUCAAUUCUCUCGCGAUGAAAUCUUUGUCGCAAAAACGGGUGAGGAGUUUUGUUACGAUUCAAAGUUCACAUUUGUUGGCAUGAUGGAACCCCUCUGGGUAGCAAUGAACCCGCAGAAGAGCUCAGCUGAUGACGAGGUCAUGUUGCAGAAACUUUGCGCGGACUGGUGUGCAAAAGAAUUGAAGGAGUAUGCACAAGCGCUGUCGGGGCAUUUUGCAAGAUGGGAUGACAAGCCUGGCCAGGGGCUUCCAAAAUGCAUCAAAAAUCGCUGGUUCAAGUUGUGCUCCAAGUGGACCAUCACUCAUCCGGCAAGUCUCUAUUGCCCGGAGCUCGCUUCAGGCAGAUGCUUGUUUCCAGGAUCUCCAUGCGCUUGUCAAUUCGAUCUCAAGCUUGACUCUGUUCUGUGGUCAAAAGUCCGCUUUGGCGAUGCAGUUUUUUAUCACGUAUCGCCACGUGUCAGCCAUCAACGACUAGAGUCGAGUCGGCUCCUCGAAUUCUUGACCGCCGGCAAGGGUGAGUGUUCGAUCGACCGACUCAUUCCAGAGUUCUUGGGCCCGCACAUCUUUCGCCCAAAUAAUCAAGUUGUCUGGGUGCAAGUGGCUUCCGAGAUUGUUCAAGAACGACGCCCUUGCGAGACUGAUCGCAAUCCCUGUGCGUGCUCCAAACGGUCCAAAAAGUCACAAAUGGUAAAUGGGCAUAGACCUCUCCCAGAUCCGCAACUAUGCCAUAUUCACAACAUGGAUUUCUUAACAUGGCAUUGCCAAGCACAAACCUUCACAGCUGGACAUUGUCAAAGUCAACUGCAAGAGCCAGCGUUGCCUUCCUCCAGGGAAGGUGGCCUCAAUCAUGGGCAGCUACUGAUGCCACAUUCUGGUCAAGGGCAUUCCCAGCAGAUUGUCAACACGACAGACGAUUUCCUGGUUGAUGAGUGUCUGGAGCUCUACCGCAACAUGGACCAGUUCGGCACUACCGUCAAUCACUGCGUAGCCACAGAUUCCACUAUGGGUCAGUGUUCUACUUCUGGACAGCAAUGCCAAGAGCUUGAAGAUACCGAAUAUGAUUUGCAAAUGCAGAUGUUCCUGGAAAGCUUCAAUACAAAGGAAAAUGAACCUCGAACGUUCAUGUGAUGACCAAUCCGCCGGCUCAUGCUUGCGACUGCUAAUUUGCAACUUCAAGCUUGCUGUUUGUUUAAGUUCAAUUUCAUAAGUACAUUGACACUAGCUGCAAUUGUUAUCAUUGCGUGAUAUCUCGACAGGCCGACAGAUUAGAUGUAGAUUGCAUCUCAACGUGA